AAAAUGUAUGUACAGAGCAUGCGCAGUCGGCAUUGCACGUGACGGAAGAGGUAAUUGGCGCAAAAAUGUGAGAGUGUAUUUUGUCAAUUAGCAAAACAGGUGUUAUUGGGGGAAAGGAACAGAUCAUACAGGACAUUUCACUCUUGAUGCAUAAGAAAUGGCUUCUCUCCCAGCAAUGAAGAAUAUUCCCAGUGUUGAAAAUGCCUUUAAAGCAUCCAAGAAACCCAAAAACAAGAAAAGGAAAAAGGAAAAAAAGGAUAAGAGCAAAAAGUGUGUGCCUGACUUUUUGUUGCAUGAUGGCUGUAAUGAGCCAGUGUUUACACAAAUGCAAGACACCAAGAAAAGAAAAAAGCCAAAGAAAAAAACCAAACCGAAGGAAGACUUUCAGAAACCUAAAUUAAAUAAACAGCUCAAACAACCGGAAGAUAUGCACCAAAUUCAGCCUGUUAUCUACAUCUCCCCUGAUCAGGAGACACCAUGUUCAACCGAGAAGGAUUGUUACAUAAGCAUGAAACGUAAAAAGAGAGUAAUUUUCAACUUGCCACCUGAGCUAAGCCAAGCUGCAAAGACAAAUGAUGAAGAAUUCAGAAAGAUGGGCCACAGCAAGCAGUUUGUUGGUGAAAGCAGCUUGGAAUCCAACACAGCUGAAGAAAUGAACAGCCAAGACCUGUUUAUUACACAGAAAUCAUUCUUGGAGCCAUAUUUGGAGAUCUCCAGCACCUCAAGCUGCAGUCAGGCCACUACUGUGAAGGAACCAGAGAGUCGCUCAAGUAGGUUGACAGCUGAAGCAACCACUCAAACCGAAAACUUCUUUACCUUACCAGCAAUCUCCACCUCUCUCAGAUUUCAGCAGCAGAACACGUCCAAAACUCCUGAGGAACCAGUAGACCUGAGCCUGCCGAACAGAACAAGACAAAUGCACGGCCCAAAACAAUCUGCUGUAGAUUCUGCAAAACCAACCAAGCUUAAGGUAUCAGACACGUCGAGUGAAGACGGCGAUACAGUGCCCAAAGCCAAAGGUGAUCUGCUCCAGCUGAAGGUCAUCCAGACCCGCUUGAAUGAGUCUUUCUUUUUUAAGGUGAAGGGAGAAGAUUCACCCAAGCCCAUGUGCCCUUUGAUGAAGCUCACGGAAAGUGUUGAGAAAAAGAUAAAGAAGUGAAAUGAGACAAAGUUAAGAUUCACAAUAGGAAAAAAAGCAGUUCUGUGAACAUUCAUGAAAAAGACAAACUUUGUUAUAUGCAGUUUUAUUCAGUAAUUUACAUGGUUCGCUUCAGUGUUUUUCAGUGUUCAUAAAUAUGAAUAUCCACUGUGUUUACAAGCAGGAAUUGUUCACAAUAAUUUGUACAAUUAAAAUAUUCUGUGGGAAGAAAAAUGAAA